CCAGAAGCUUCCUCCCUCCUCCUUUCUUCCCCAACCAAACCAUGGAGGAAGAACUCCUCCCUCUCCACCAAAUCCACCAUAUCUCGCCGGAGUUUGCCGGAGGACUGUCGGAGGAUGUUGCCAACGAGCUUCUCUACCACCUCGUCCACCUCUUCCUCGUCGGAGACCAAGGAGAAGGCCAUCCCCAAACUUCUUCUUCAUCUUCCCCAAGCACCUCAGGGAUGAACUUGGCCCGAUCUACUCCAACGCCGCCCUACACCAACAAGCAGCCCCUUGUUCAUGCUCUAAUUGUCACCGAUAAUGACGUUCUGGAGUGUUGCGUUCUUGGAGCACCAAUCUCAAGCAGGCACCUAUUUGUUUUUGCAGGUUUCCUUGUGAGCGGUGGCCGGUGGCUACAUCCAUCCCGCCAAAGCUGGCAAAGUGGAUGGAUGGUGGAGGUCGCUCUAAGCUUGUGCAGGUGGUGUCUUAUGGGAGCAGCCUCUACAGUUGAGGAACCAAGAAGUUCAAAUACCUGAUAAACAGAAGAUCCUCAGUGUGAAUUUCUACUUUUCUUGGCUUUAAAUUGACACCGGCAAUGAAGUUAAAGAGCUCAAGUGCUAACGAGAGGAGGGCGUGACUUGUUUUGUUCUUCUUUCUUUUCCAAGAGAGUGCUGUGAUUCGGACUUCGCCGUGCUAGCAGAGGAUACCUACAGUGUCUUGCUAGUUGCUACUUAUAAAGGGCUCUGUUGAAUACAAAUAUUACUUCAAGAAUAAAUUUGUUGCUACAAGCGUUUUGUUGCUACAAUUGUUUUGGCUGAAUUCGUUGCUUCAAGAACAA